UCUCUCUCUCUCUCUAGGGAUCUCUGGUCAGCCAUCCAAAACAAACUCGUUCUCUUUCUUUCAACUCACUCGCUACUAACCCAUCCCAACAAUACCAUUUUCCUAAUUACUUUCACGCACACGCGCAACGCAACGCAAACCUUCGUCUCUCCCAAACAAAAACACUCACUUACCCGCCAAAAUUUCAAUUAGCGCCUCCAAUUCAAACACCUCUUUCUCUCUCUCUCUCUCCCUCUCCUCUCUCUCUCUCUCUCUCUAGGGUUUCCCUCCCAUGGAAGACGACGUCGUCCCCGAUCCCCAAUCGGAGGACUCCCUCUCCGACGAGCGCCGCGCCAAGAAGCCUAAGGUUGACGACGCUCAGCUCAAGCGAGUCGCCGAGAUUGUACUCGUCCUCUCCACCAUGGCCACGGUGCGCGCCGGGAGAAAACCCUCCGACGUCGAGGUCGACCUCAUGAAGGAAGCUCGCGCCAAGCUCGCCGGCCUCUGCGAGGGUUUGGCUCCCAAGGACAUCGUCGCCAGGGAAGCCGUCGGCACCGUCAUCGAGGAUCUCGGAUUGCACUCCAAGCUCAAGGACCAGAGGCUAGGGUUUCGCGCUCCUAAGAUGUCCAUUGCCGAGAGGUAUUCCCAUGCUAAGUGGAAGAUGGAGGAAGCAAAGAAGUUUGCUGCAUCUUCUACUCCUUCCACAACACAUACAUCUCAGCCCUUGCAAGCAAACAUUGGCGGACCAGUUGACAAUCGUGUGCCAUCACCUGUUGUUAGAAUGUUUCCGUCCGAUAAAUCAAGCCACCCGGCAAUCUCUUCUAUGGGUACUGUAGUGUCUAUUCCUGCCCAUGUUUCUGCAGGGUCUUCUGCAGCAUUGCAAUAUCAAUCAACUGGAAAUGAAGUAAGACCGCCAGUGGUUUCUGGUAUGAUACCUAUCAGUCACUUGGGGAGAAAUCCAUCUUCUGCAGUAUUGCCUAAAGUUGAACACUCGCAGUUCAGAGUUGAUGCAGGAUCAAAUGGGGCUUCUUAUAUAAUGCAAGUCCAAGCAAAUUCGUCAGCAAACCAGCCUUUGGUGAAUGCUCCAUCAUGGUCUAUGCAGACUCAAGCUGCUUCAUUAACUAGAAGUGCAUCAGAAAACAAGGUGCCUGCUCAUAACUCUGUCAAGGUUGAAGGCACACCUGGCAUUACUGUAACAAGGACAGGGCCACAAAUAACAACAGAUCCAAGCUUUAGACCAUUUAUCACUCAAACAGCCCCUGGAAAUUUGCCUAGUAUGCACCAGCCAUUGCAGGCCACAAACAUUGUUCAGCCUCCUUUGAUUCCUAGUCACAGUGAUAUUGGAAAGAUUGUACAGAAAGUGUUACAACCAAAGCAUCCUGACCAUCCCAUGUGGACUCCUCCAUCAAGGGAUUAUAUGAAUAAGGCUUUGACAUGUCAAAUGUGUGAGCUUAGUGUCAAUGAGGUUGAUACUGUACUUCUCUGUGACGCCUGUGAAAAGGGAUUUCAUUUGAAGUGCCUACAGCCAUCAGUCUUGAGAGGAAUCCAUAAUAGAGUGGAUUGGCACUGUAUGAGGUGCUUGAGUUUAAGUGGUGGAAAGCCUUUGCCUCCAAAAUAUGGUCGUGUCAUGAGGUCAUCAAACACACCACCUAAAUUGCCCUCUAAUACAGGUGGUAUUCAACCAUGUUCUGAGAAGAAAGCAGAGAACAUAGAUCCGAAGGUCUUCUCACAGAUGUUAACAACAAAUGGGAGCUCCAUUUCAACUGUUUCCAGUGGUAAUCACAAUGCUGAGCUGCUAUCUGACUCAAAAAUCCCAUAUACCAAAGAUAUGCAAGGGAUUGGCAUUUCAUCCAGCAUUGAAGCUAUUGAUGGGAUGCCUGAUCCAAACAACACUGUGAAAUCUCUUAGUGCAGCAGCUUCCAGUCCUUCCACUGGCUUGCUAGGUGAAAGUUCUGCUCAACAAAUAAAUUCUAAGGUUUUGACUGGCACAGAGACUUCAGAAUUUGAGUCUCUUCCUAAAUUAUCUGAGCCAGCUAAAUGUGAAAAUUUGCAAUCAUCACAAGAUUUUCAAGUUGAACAGACAAUGUCACAAGACAAUGAAGUAUCAUCAGAUAAACACUCUGACAGCAAUAUUAUGAAUAAAAAACAGAUGGAAUCUCAUGGAGGAGAAAAUUUAACUUACGAUAUCAAGCGUGAUGACCAAGCUGCCGCACUUGCAAAUGUUGUAGGAACUUCUGAAACUAAUACCGAAGGUAGACAGCACUCUGCAUUAUCUUCAGAUAGCUCACAUGUUGUAGAAUGGAUUGGUGAUGUAGUGCAACUCGUAGAUGAAAAAAAGUUUUAUCAAUCUUGCUGUGUUGAUGGAGUAACAUAUAGGCUGCAGGGUCAUGCUCUUUUCUCCACCAGCCAUGGCAAACUAACUCCUUCUAAACUCCAGUCUAUGUGGGAAGACUGCAAAACUGGGUUAAAGUGGGUUAAGGUGACAAAGUGCUACUUUCCUGAUGACUUGCCAGGGAAUAUUGGUCAUCCGUGUAUAUCUGAAGUAAAUGAGGUUUAUGAAUCUAAUAGUGAUAGAACUGAAAUGGCUAGCUCUAUUCGAGGCCCAUGUGAAGUCCUCCCAUCUGAUAAAUUUAAACUAGAAAAUGAAAGGCGAUGUCAGUUAGGAAUUGAGGAAAGUUCUAGAGUACAACCCAUUUUCCUUUGCAGGUGGUUUUAUGAUGAAUUCAAAAAGUUAUUUCAACCUGUAACCAGUUGAUUAUGUCUUGAACAUAUAUGUUUCGUGAAUCCUACUCGGUGCAAUUUGUGGUGUUUGGUGGGUUUCGAUCAGAAUUUUUCUUGUAUGGGUAAUUGAGCAUGCAUCAAGAUUCACGCGAGACCCACUAUGAGGUACAUUGUAGUGGCAUUGCUUCCUCGUACAAGAAUGUUCAAUCAUUUCAGCAUAAAUUGCAUUUGAUGUAAAAUAUGUAGCUGGAGCUGUGGACUGCUUAGUUUAGCUUUCGCUUUGGUAGUUCUUUUCCCGAUAGAUAUUCAUUCUGUAUAAUUCUUUUUGGGCACUAGGCUCUUUAGGCCCAAUAAUCACAUUAUUAUCUUUCUAUUAGAUCAGUGUAGUUCCCUUAGUUUUGCUGGAAUCGUAAGAUGUUUCAUCUGUACAAAAGCCAUUUCUUUUAAAAUGCAUAACCUUGGGAAUUUCGUUAACCAUUGGAUAUCAACUAGGCUACCAGUGUUGAUUUUUCUACCUAUCGCCAAGCAGCCUAGAUUCUGCUGUCUGAGCUCAGUAUUGGGUCAUGGGUUGAUAGGUCUUUUAUUCCAUUAGUUGGUUUGUUUACGACAGGUGUUUUAAUAAAAUAUGUUCAAAUAGUCCACUUACAAAAUAAAAUGAUAUUGAUUGGAUCAAGCA